CCGAGCAAUGCCUUGAAAGCUGAAGCUGCACUCGGCGGGCGGCGAUCUUGGGGAACAAACAAAGCAAACAUGGCCCGACGUGACAGUAUUGUUUACUUGAGCAGUCGCGACAGAGCCAAUUUGCAGUCAGCAUCUGCGCAGACUCGAUCGCUGUCGAACUGCGACCAGAAAAAUACUGAAUAUAGAGGCAUACGCUCACAAUAGCAGAAAUACUCAACCCUCAUAUUCGGCCUCCUCGUCGGCGAUGGCAACUCCUCUGUCCCCCGCAACGGCGGUUGCCCAAAUCAAACAACUUCAGUACGGCCAAAGCGAUGACCCAAAUGCCGAACUCGCAAUUAUACGCAUUAGCGAACCGAUAACAAUGUCUCUAGAUGGCGCGGGCAGACCAGCCAAACGCACCUCAGAUGUGUCUGUAGAUUCAUCAGAGAGCCCUACACCAGCCUCAUUAGAUGCGGACUUGACACAUUACAAGGAGUUGUUCUCAAAAUUACGUUUUUCAUACUUGGAACAAGUCACAAAGGAGAAAUUCCUCCGCGCUAUUGUUGGCGACCCCCCGCUGGUCGUGGGCCAUAACGAGAAUGUGGAACUGGAGACGAAGCUAGCGGAAGUCAAACAGGAGCUUCAAAACCAGAAAGAGGAAGUGCGAGUCAUGGUGGAGGUGAUGGAAAAGACCGGGCGAGACUUAGCGAAACGUUAUAAGAAUGUUCAGCUUCAGAAAAUACAAUUAUCGACUCUCCCAGAAGAGAUAACUAACUUGGAAAACACAAUUUCCUCAUUACGAGCGCUACAGGCAAAGCACCUACUUGCAGCAGAUCCAAGUGACCCUUCCUCUUCACAGAACCUGCCAUUGCCAGCAACUUUAUCAUUGCUCGCAGAGCGCGAGGCCGAAUUGGCUGCAAUUGACCGACAAUUGACUUCAAUGCACACGACUCUUCCUCGGAAAACACGAGAGGCUGAGGCCAUCGAACGAGAGCUUAGUACAUUGGAACGGAGAAAGGUCGAGACUCUAGGUCAAGCGCGGGAAGCACAAAGGAAGAAAAUGGAGGGCGAGAGCGAUGGAUUGGAAGAAAUGGGACGAUGGUAUCGAGGUGCUGAAAUGACACUGAAAAGUUUGGUCAAUGUGGAGAAUUAGGACAUAAUGUGUACGAUUAUUGACUUAUGACUUGAUUUGAGUUAAGACAGGCAGGGUUGCGGCGUUCAAGUGCAAUAUUAAACACUCUAGUGCAUUUACAAUCUAAUGUUCGUUACAAGAUCUAAGUAUUUUGAACCUCUGAAAAUAAAGCUACC